AUGUCGCGGCCCAAGCAAACAGAGGUGCCGUCCAAACCGGCGUUUUCAAACGCCCAGCGAGUCGGGUCUGGAGGAUCUGACACCGAUGGGCGACGCAACUUUACUCCCGAGAACAAAGGUCUGGCGGCGAAGCAGGAUGCGAAGAAUAAGAAUACCAAGUCGUCGAUGGUUGCCGUUGUGCAGGAGCAGGCGCAGAACCCGAAUCUUGUGCACAUAUUGCCCGUCUCGAAUAUAGUCAACACUGUUGGUUCAGGGACCUCUUCUGCGACGACGGGGUCCGGAUCCGGAUCGAGCGCGGUGGCCAACGGGACGAUGGGCAGUUCCGCGUCGGCAAGCGUGUCGCGCCAGGUGAGCUCGGCAGACAUCACCAAGACGGCCAGUCCGACUACAGGGAAUGGCGCGUCAGACUCGUUUUUGACACACCUCAAGUCGAAGCGGUCGGUUAUUGACGGGCCGGUGAUGGAGGACGGGCUGCGGCCCAAGAAGGGUGGCGCGGCGUCGAGUUUGAUGAAUUUGCGCAACGCCAACACGGUUUCUUCGACCUCGACGAUACAGAGCAAGGCGUCUUCGAGAGCCGAGUUUUUCGCUGCAAAAUUACACGACGCGAUCAAGGUGGACGACAAAAACAGCUCGGACUCAGAGGAGACGUUUGUCUACGACACCUCGACGAACGAGCGACCGGGCGAGCCGGAGACAGCGAACGACGAGACGCUGACGGCGCAGCAGACGAUCAGCGACGGUGUGCGCGAUAGAGAGGCGCCGGCCGCGACUGUUGUGCGGCUGGAGGAUGCGCCGAGCGAGACGUGCAGCAACCGGUCGGAACACAACUUCAACUCGACAACGAGCCAGGAUCGCCCAGAAGAGCAGGACCGUGCGCAGUCGAAGUCGCCGUUGCCGCGCGCCGAGGACAGGAACCAGCUGCGGCAGAUCACGUCGCGAGUUUUCGACUCGAAAGGCGUGAUCCCGAGACGAUAUUCAGGCAUGAAUUACGAGAUCGACGAUCUGGAAGAGACAUAUCCAGCGCAGCAGGUGAACGAGCCGGAUAUCUAUUCCGACUCGGACGACGACGCGUCGUUGAGCGAGCACGCAUACAACAACAACUAUGGCAGCAUCAGCUCAGAUGGGUACCUGAGCAAUUUCCAGAACGGCGUUUAUUUGCAGCAGCCGUUUUUGGAGUCCCGCAACAACAAGUUGGGAGGCAGCAAACUGAAACGCAAGCCGAAAAACUUGUAUUUUUCGCCGCACGACUUCACGGGCGCGCGCGAGGUGCGCAUUCGCCAGAUCAAGAGCUUCUGCUACACAAUAGGACUAAUAUUGGUGCUGCUGAGUGUGGGGUUCAUGAGUGGCUUUAUUCUGGCCACAACGAAAGAAUUGCAACAUACGCAGAUCGACGCCAUUUCCGACGUGCUCAUCUCGCAGGAGGAGCUUGUGUUCAGCAUGGAGGUGGAGAGCUUCAACCCUGGGUUCCUGUCGAUCACGAUUCAGGACGCCAACAUCGACGUCUUUGCGCGGUCGCAGUACGUGGACGCCGAGGAGGCCGACAAGAAGAAGAAGCCGCGGCCGGUCUCGACCAUUUUGCUGGGCACCGUGACCAGCCUGGACGUGCCGCUGCAUUUUCAAGGCGGCUUUUUCAACCGACAGCUGGAUUGGAGCAUGACGGAAAUAAAAAUUAAAAAUCCCUGUUCAUUUGACGACUCUGGCGAAAUUAAAAUUCUCGAGCCGUCCGAGAAAUGGCUCAACAUCUCGAAAAACCCCUUUGAUCUGAUCAUUCGCGGAGUUCUGAGCUACCAACUGCCGAUCUCAACGUCGAACCAGACGGUCAGCGUAAGUAGAACGUUCGAGGUGAACCCGAAGGACCUAGAGGGCCCUAUUCCGGGCACCAAGGAAUAA